CUUUGCCAUGAAAACUUGGGGACAGGAAAUACAGAAUUUUUCGUAUUGCUCGCAUUAACAAAGAAAAAAGGAUAAACGAUACUUAUAAAUUACAAUCAAGUUUUCUUACGAAUGUUAAAGGAAGAUAUAGAAAGAAACAGACAGACAUUUAAAUGGAUGGAUAGUAGAGUAAAGGAUAGAGAGUACAGAGUGAGUAGGCUGAAAAAGAGAAAGAGAGAAAGAGAGAAAGAGAGAGAAUAUUGCUCUCUCGUCCUGUCGAAAGGACGACUCGAUAUGAUCUCUCUUUCUAUCUUACGUUGUAAUAAUCUGCCAGAAAAAAGAGCCUAUGGUGAUGCUAAAAACAUUAUUAAAAUGACCGGACAAAUAGGAAAAAUACGUUAGACGAGGAUACGAGGGGAGUAGGUCGAGAGAGAAAAAAGGCCGAAAGUGUCUGGCACGGUGACACCCACCUUGCCAGUGGACCACUCCUCUUCGCUCUUUGUCCGAGUAUCUUCUCGACCACAGUGACGUUUCCGCUUCUCGCUGCCUCGAGCAGCUCCUGGUCCUUCCCCAUGUUCCAUUUACACCGUAAUCGGCCCUCGAUAUUCGACCGCGCACUUGUCAAUUUCUGUUUUUACUACGAUUACUCGCGUUUCAUUGAUCCAGCGUGGCCAUCUUGCCGAAGCGACUGAGGCGCCUUCUUACGGUCAGCGCUUGAAGCGCCAUCGCCGCCGACGGCCGACGAACGUGCGACGAACGAACCUCAAAGAACGUGGGUGCAAGCAAGAGCGUUGUCCUCUGUGAAAGAAAGAAUGAGAACGAUAGCGUGCAAACGAAAACGACGCAGGUUACGAUCCUACACGAAUUCUCCCGAACGAACGAACGAACGAACGAACGAACUAAUAUUAAAUGACAGCUGUAAAGCCAUUGCUGAAUUCUCCUGUUCUUUCAACAAGAAUCAAGUUUAUACGUGUUUAAUUUUUUAUUAUUUUUAUAUAUUGUAAGUUUCUUCAUUUUAUCGACGUGGCUUAAUCAAUAUACAAUGAAGCACGUUGUUCUUGGAUCCUUUUUUAUCACACUAUGGUUACUCGUAAUUAGUGAACAAACUCAAGAGGCUAUCACGUCCCCAUCAACUUUUGAUGAUAAUAUAAUCUCCAUAUCAUUAUUGAAUUAUCGAGAAAACGAAGCUGUUAAAAAAAGGAUAACGUUAGUUCCUACGAGUAAUUAUACGAUAAAUAUUAUCGAUAUACCACCUAUCGUUUCAUUUCUUAUCUUCCAAGUUCACACAUAUCAAUAUAAUAUUACUCUUUCGUAUGAUAAAUUAAAUCUUAAUAAGGUGUCAAACAGAAGUCUAUUUGGAUCUAACGUCGGUUUAUAUAUCGUACCAAAGAAAAAAGAAUCGUCGUUUUUCAUUAAAAAUGAUAACGUUCGAAAAAUUGAAACUCUGUUGGCAGUCGUUCCUUAUAUCAAACAAGUACCAGUACCAGGCGGCUGUAACAUGGAAUUCAAUAUCGAAGUAGCACCAUAUCAAAAGCUAUUCGUAAACGAUUCGAUCGUUAUCCUGGAUUCACAGUCUGCCUCUUUACCACUCACGAGCAACGAAAUCGAGAGACGCUGUAUUUUUCCAGAGACAUAUCACUUUUUCCUAACCAAACAUGACUAUUCCAUAGAGAGUUACUUCAAUGCUAUUAGCAGUAUGCUCACCGUCACGGAUAUCCUUCGUAAUGGUAAAAAGAUACCAGCACCGAGCAUAUCUCCGUUAAGACGGAUCUACAGCCGUAAUAAUGGCAUGGGGAUUGUCUACGCGGCUGUAGUUGCCUAUGGAAAUAAUUAUUCAGCUUACGUACCAACUUUCACCUACGGAUUCAACUAUGCUCUCUAUCCUGAGGAUGAUCAAUUUUUAAAUGAUAUGCUAUCGAAGUUAUUGUGCAUUCUAAUGUUUAUUGUUGGUCUCUUAUGCGUCCUUAAAGGACAUAAAAUGAUCGCCAUGGAGUUCGUCGUGUAUACAACAUUCUUUGGUGGCAUAAUUACUUACAUCGUAAUUAAAUCUUUUGCAUCUUAUGAUAUCACAACAAAUCUUAAAAUAAGCAUGGGCGGAAGUUUCUUUUUUUUUCUCGUGGGCGUUAUUUCCUGUUACAUGAAAAAACAUAUAAUAGUCUUUUUUUCCAUACUUUUUUCCGGAUUUCUCUGCAGUUCGAUCUUUUAUUUCAGUGUAAAAGACUCUCUAGGAAUUUUGGAGAACAAUUGGAUGUUCUGGUUGAUUUAUUUGUUCAUCGCGCUCAUCGUCAUGAUUAUUCUAAUCUCGAAUCCCUGGUUUGGUCUUCUUCUGACAUGCGCUGUUCUCGGAGGAUUCAUGAUAGUCUUAUCGAUCGCUUAUUUUGCGAAUACAAAUUUUGUCUACAUCAUUAUCAACGUUAUCAGACGCCUAACCGUAUCUUUGUUUAAUUAUGCGAUCGUUAGUUAUCCCUUACAGAACGCAGACAUAAGCUUGAUCGUGUUGUGGGUUUUAUUGGCCAUAAUUCGUAUCUACAAUGACAACGUUCUUAGAUGUUUGUACACGAAAAUGUAUCGACAUAACUUGAAAAAUAUAUCGGAUCAGACGCCAUUGUUAGAUAAAUAACUUUAUAAACGGAUUUAUUUCGACGAGUGAAUGCAAUAAGCAAGCUACCAUUGACUUUCCUAUCAUUUGUUUUUCUUUUUUAUUUUCAUUUCUAAGAUAAAUUAAUUUAUCUUAAUUCUUUCAUUUCUUUUUUCAUCAUUAGGUACGUUAUGUUACUUAGAAAGAUAGUUAUACAUUUUAUAAUAUAUGUACAAAUAUCUAUCGAUGAUUUUUUUCUUUUUUUUUAUUUUUUACGAGUAGAAAAAAAAGAAUUAUAUACCUGCUCAUUUAUUUUGAUUAGCAAUUAAAUAAAUAUAUUUAGUUUUAUAAUUUCGUUUAGGUUUCUUAUUAACGAAAUAUGAUAUUGUAUCACUUACCUACAAUUUUACAUUAAAAGAUUAAUGUGAUAAACGAUCGAGAUGCUAAAUACGUUAUUGUGUUAUCGCAAUAUAUUCAUACCAAAAACGAUGAUAUCGCAAACAAAUGCGAUCAAAACAAAUAUAUAUGUUUAUGUCA